AUGUCUGAAUCAAAUAUUUGGAUCACUUCCACCAAAUCUCCAUUCUUUUCCACCGUCUCGUUCGUUGUUGUUUUCCUCGUCGUCCUAUUCGUAAACACCUUCUCCUCUAAACUAUCGCUUUCCUCGUUCGUUCAUCGAAAUAGCUCGAGCUACCAUUUGGUUCUUCCUCGUAGUAAAACUAAUUAUUCUACACCUAUCAUUGAAGACAACUUUCCUUGUAUCGAACCAAUUCAAUUGCAUUCUAAUUUAGGAAAGUUUACUAGGAAUCGUACGUCGAACAAGGUUGAUAUUGAUCAUCAUAUCGAGUUGUUGAAUUCCAUCAACUUAAACGGAAGCGAGUUUGAGUUUAGGGUGAAGGAAUUUCUUAGCCAAAAUGAAUGCAUGGCUCAAUUCUUCAUGAUAUGGAUAUCCCCGGCUUGUUUAUUCAAGAGAAGGGCUUUUUUGGCAAUGGAAAGUGUCUUCAACUCCCAUCCUCGAGGUUGUUUAGUGAUCUUGUCUAAAUCGAUGGACACACAAAAUGGAUCCCAGAUUUUGAAACCUAUAGUUGAUCAUGGCUACAAGGUUUUAGCCGUCGAACCGAAUCUGACGUUCUUGUUCAAAGAUACUCCGGCCGAGACUUGGCUCAACGCCAUCAAGACCGGGCUAAUUGACCCGGGUAAGAUCUCGUUGGUUCAAAACCUCUCUAACCUUAUGAGGCUAGCCGUCUUGUACAAGUAUGGAGGUGUGUAUAUAGAUACGGAUUUCAUCGUCCUAAGGAACUUCUCAAAUCUUAGGAAUGCAAUCGGAGCUCAAGGUAUUGAUGAAUUUGGUAAUUGGACAAGACUUAACAAUGCGGUUCUAGUAUUCGACAAGAACCAUGAGCUCGUGUACAAGUUCAUGGAGGAAUUUGCAAACAACUUCAACGGUAACAUUUGGGGGUUCAACGGCCCUUAUUUAGUUUCGAGAGUUGUCGAGAAGGAGGGAAAUAAUUACUCGGAGAUCAAACUUAGAAUCUUACCACCUAGAGUAGUUUAUCCGGUAAAUUGGAUAGACGUUGCAAGCUAUUUCGAGAAACCUAGAAACGUAACACAUUUAAAAUGGAUGGACGAGGAAGUAUUAGAACUAAACCGUGAAGCUUAUGGGGUGCAUUUAUGGAAUAAAAAAAGUGGUAAGUUGAUAAUUGAAGUAGGAAGCAUACUAUACCGGUUAAUCUCAAGUCAUUGUAUUAUAUGUCAAUUGCACGAAAGAAGUGAGAAUGACUAA